GAGUUGUACGGUAGUGUUUGCCGAAUGAUUGUGUGGCCGUCGUUUUCCAUAUUGAGGGAGAGAUAUCAAGUGCUAUUUUAAAAAACUAAAUCAAAUACUAAUAAGCAGAUAGCAAUAAAAAUUUUAAUUAAUGGAAGUGAGGUGAAAAUAAUUACACUUUAUUAGAUAAGUUGUAGAAAAUUUGGUAACGACUGAAAAAAAAGUAAUUUAGUCAAAGUCACCAAUUUCAACUAGUCGCACUGACUAAAUAUAAGUGAAGAGGAGGAAGAAGAAGCAGAGCUACGCGCAGUCAAAUGAAGCUGUUCAUGUGCCGUUGAGUGCGCUUUGUGUGUGUGUGUGUGUGUGUGUGUACAUGCAUAUACAUAUGUGAAUGUGUGUGCGUAAGCCCACAUUUGCUUGCUGCAGAGUGGAAUAUCUAUGUUUUUUGAGCGCCGUGGCUGUCGCUGCAGCAGCAACAUUAGCAGUCGUUGAAGUCUGUUUGCUAGUGGCACCGUCGCAUUAGCAACGCUGUUUACGUAUGAAACUCACAGUGUGCGUUAUAUGGACACACGCACGUACCCCGCUACCACCAGGGUGCUUGCGCUGAUAAUAAUUUUUCGUUUCGGAGUGUUUCAAAUACGGCUGUCACGUUUUUCGGCGGCAGGCAGCAGCUAGCAGCUACUUGCUACCUUUGGCAUUUUAGUUUUCGAACCGUGUAGCCUGUGUGUGUGUGUGUGCGUGCAUUUGUUUGCUGUGCCGCACGUAAUGAGAAGCAAAGUAAGGUGAUAAAAGUGUGCUCAAAACAUAAGAGAAUAAAAGAAGUACAUAGUUGGAAAAGUAGUGUGCGCGCAGUGCAUUGUUCGGAUGAAUUUUAAUGAAUAAGAAUAUAAAGUGGAAAAGGUGGUUGAUAUGCGCGUCUACUUGGUAUGCAAUUUAGUUAAAAGUGCAUACAUAUUGAAUUAGUUGUGCUCUUUAAAAUAUAACAACAAAGCUGAAGAAUAAUAAAUUGCAAUAAAAUCUGUGCAAAGUGCAUUUUAAAAGAGUUGGCGUUACAUUUCUGCAAAGUGUUAAAUGCACCAAAUAAAAGUGCAGUUAAUAAAAUAAACAAAAAAAAACAAUUUAAGUAUCCAAAUAAAAGUGCAAACCCGCAUUAAUUAGCAAUCAGUGAACAAAUAUUUUCAUAUGAAUUUGAAUUUUGGCGCCCACAUUUGGAUUAUAAACAAACUUUAAUGGAUUACCAUAUGCGUGCUGCGUCCGGAUUCACUUACUAUUUUCCCACCUCAUCAUCAGCAGCUGGCAUCAGCAGUAUGAUGCUUGCCAAUCAGUGGUGGUAGUCGUCCUUCGUUGUAGCAGCAACCAAAAGCAAGUCGGCGCACAUUAAGUGCUUAAAAGUGAAUUUUUUCGCUUGUUGGUGAAUUCACGCUCGUUUGUGUGUGUGUGUGUGUGUGUGAUAUCGAGCAACAAUGCCACCAGUGCCUGGAGCGACGUCGGUGGUGGGCACCACACCAGCACCCACACGGUCACCAGCCGCAUCAACGACAACGACAACAACAGCAACAGCAGGAGGAAAUAAAACCUCGCCACCUUACCGCGGCGCAACGGUGUCCUCGCAACAACAAGGUUCACCUUCGCGCGCACUGCAUGGAAGUGGCACGGCCACCAGUAUGGCCAGCAAGAAUAAGCAUCACUAUAACAACAACAACAACAACAACAACAAUAGCAUCAAGAUCAACAAUUGUAAUAACAACAGCAACAACAAUGCCAAUGGCAAAUUUGAGCAAAGUCACAAUAACAACAAUAACAGCAACCAUAAGUUGACAAUGCAGCACAGCAAUGGGGGUGGCAUGAGCUUCGAGGGAAUGGGAAGUGCGCGACAAAUGAAGCAGCAGCAGCAGGAACAGCAACAACAAAACCAACAACCAACGAACAAAAAUACCAACAGUGUCAUGAAGGCCAAAACCAAUGAUAUGCAAAAACAAACAACAACAAACGCAACAACAAAGUUGUCCUUCACCCAAACAACCACUCCGGCUACCGUUAAUGGCGCACUUCCAAAUAGCGUGAACAAGGCGCAAUUCUGCUCGCCCCCUAGUAGCAGUGUUGUUGGCACGUCGUCACAAUUGUCGUCUGCGCGAACUAAUUGCAACACUAAAUCACCGACGACUAAGCCGACAACGGCAACAUCGUCGACAUCCUCGACUGCUACAAGUUCGUCGCCGCCACCACCACCUUCCUCGCCAGCUGUGGAUCCGUUGGCCUUGCCGACCAUUACUUGUAAUGGUGUCACUUCAACACCAGCAGCUAAAGCAGCAGACGCAACAAUUGCAAAAGCAACAACAAAUAUGUCGACUAUAAAUCAAGAUAGUGUGGAAAUAAAGGAGGAAUGCGAUCCACAAGUGAUCGUCAAGGUGGAGGAAACAUCUCCAACAACAACAAAAGCAACGUCAUCGACGCUUAAUCAAACAUCGGCACCUCCCACAAUGACAACGUCCUCAACAAAUCGCAAGGAUACAGCUACGACGCUGGCGGAAGCCAACAACAAAAAUGCUGCUGCUGCUGCUGCUGACGCACUCGUUCCCACCGACGAUGCGUCUGUGGAUAAUCUGAUUGUCGAUAAGCCGCGUAAAGUACUAUUGAGCGUCAUGAAUCCGCAUAUAAUUUGUCACUUGUGCAAUGGUUACCUUAUCGAUGCCACAACCAUUGUUGAGUGCCUGCAUUCAUUUUGUCAUAGUUGCCUGAUCAAACAUUUACGGACGGAGCAGUACUGCCCACGCUGUGAAAUGAUGAUAAACACGGCCAAGCCAAAUAUCAAACCUGAUACCACUUUGCAGGCCAUUGUUUACAAACUUGUACCCGGCCUCUAUGAGCGGGAACUUAUGCGCAAGCGCGCUUUCUACAAAGAUCGUCCGGAAGAGGCUGCCAUGGCGACACCUGAACAACGUGGUGAUGAUACGGAGCAUCUCAUCUUUAGCCCUUCUGACUAUAUGUCAUUGUCGCUGGAGUUUGCGGAUACAGACGAACUAGUUCGACGAAAAAGUGGCUAUGGUGAAUUGCUGAAGCCACGUUACCUGCAGUGUCCCGCUAUGUGCACUGUUGGUCAUUUGAAGAAAUUCGUACAUGGGAAAUUCGAUAUUGAUGCGCAGCGUUUCAACAUUGACAUCAUGUACAAGGUGAAGACCAUCGUUCUGCUCGAUCACUACACGCUCAUGGAUGUAGCGUAUAUUUACACAUGGAAACGUGAUGCGCCAAUGCGUUUCUACUUUCGUGUGAAACGUUGUCUACGACCAAUUGUUAAAGCACGUAGACCAGCGGCCAUAGUGCCAGUAACUGCGCCAGAAGUGGUUGAAAUAAAGGAUGAGGUUGUGGACGUACCGGCAACGAUGGCAAAUGCGCCGCCGAAAAUCGUAGUUGUUGAAGUUCCACAAGCGAUCACCACCACCAGCACCACGCCUGUACCGGAUGCUAUGAUAAUAAUUCCGAAACCCGUUGUUGUGGCAGCUCUAAAUGCUACGGAUCCACUUCUCGUAACGCCAGAUGAUAUAAAAGAAGAAAAAGAAAUAGAAGCGGUUUUAGAAAAGAAGAUAAAGUCGAGUGUUGAACCAGCAACGAAAUCAGUGAAGCCGCCAAAGACCACCUCCAAAAUGCCUGCAGUCAGCUCGACCACAGAGACUAAGCGGUCUUCAGCGGAGCGUAAAGCGGAGAAAGCGGAAAAAGCUCUGAAUGCGCAUCACUCACACAGCUCACCGAAAACUUCCAAAGAGAAACGGGAAGCUAAAGAAGCUAAGGAAGCGCUAAAACAAGCUGCAGAACCGCCACGUGAUGAACGGAAGGUUGAAAAUAUUAAGCUUAAAAUUGACCUGUCAAAGCAUAACAGCGUUACCAUUAUAAAUAUGUCUGAUCCAAAUCGUCGUGAGAUUACCAAGUCUGUACGCCCUGAAAAGGAGUGGAAGCUGAAAAGUAAAAAGGAUAAGGAUUCGGCAAGUCCUAAGCACUCAUCGAGCGGUGAGCGCAAAAGCAAAACUCCCAGUCCACUUACUGUACCACCACUGACAAUAAAAGCCGAACAAAUCAGUCCGCAAACCAAAAUAAGUCCUUUGGCAAAAAACAAUAACCAUACAAGGGAAAAGACGCCCACACCUGCGUCACCCACCUGCAAUGAGGACGAACAAAAAUCUCAAUUUCUCAAGUCAUUUGCACUGACACCGAUUAAAUCCGUCAAGAGCGAAUCACCCGAAAAGUCUCCGAAGUCGCCGAAAACCAGCCCCAAUUCGGGUUAUACACACAAAGUUGUGGUAAAGUCGCCCACAAGCUCAGCACGCGAUCCGCUUAAGACAACAAUAAGUACUGUGUACAAAGGCACCGGCAUCCCAUCAAAACGUAAGAUUAAGGAACCAGUUAAGAAUGUAGUAAAGAAGCCUAAAUUAUCACCACCACUCCCGGCAGAUGACUUUAAAAUAAAGUUGCCUCCAAACCCGAUUGGCAACACAACAAAACCCGCUGGCUCACCUGCCGCAAAAUCUGGUACCGCAGCGAAUGAUAAGCCGCUUAUGCCGCCACCAAAAACAACCAGCUCGUUGACUGCCGCAACGCAUGUUGGCACCACAAUCACAACAACAUCCACAAGCGCCAAACCAGUCACCAGCAGCAGCCAAGCGAUUAUGCGCCCGCCGAUUGGUAUGCCGCCAAAAAAGCCCUCCGGCAAGUUGAGUGCCGCAGCGCAUAAAAACAAUUCCUUACCCCCCACGCAGCCAUUUACACGCAUCGAAAUGUCUGCUCCUGGCAACCGCACACCGAUUGCAAAGCGCUACCAACCCAUACUGCCGAAGUCAACACGUCCCAACCCGUUUGCUAACAUACCAAGUGACGUCAAUAAGCUACUGAAGGAUGCUGGUACUGAAAUCAAGUCAAUCGCUAGCAAUGCCAAGUCAUCAGGGAAGGUGUACGGGCCGAAGACAGCCACCAGUGGCACAACAAUAACGCCAGAAAAUAGUCUGAUGGGGCCACCGCCCACACCAGUUGUUAAGCAGCAGCCUCAAAAUAUCAACCAAACGCGGCUGGGGGCAGCGGGUAAUGCCAACAAGUCGGGCGGGAAGAAUGGAAAAUCCAGCAAUUCGAAUAAUUACUUAAACCUCGCGCUGUUCAACGCUUCCAAAACGAAAGGUAAUGAGGUGCCACCCGGUUGCCGCACACCCAUGUACACGCCCAAUUCGCCAAUUUAUUCGCCCAGCUCGCCGCAGUAUAUGCCGAAUUACAACAUUCCCACAGUGCCUACUUACAAGUAUACGCCACGUCCCUCCAGUGGUUCAGGCAGUUUCUUGCAAAAUUUAUUAGGUGGCGGCAAUAAUCAAAUGGCCGGACUUUUUCCAGCGCCCCCAACUAAGAAAGAGUUGCCGAAUUCGAGUUCAACAAGUGGAAACAGCUCGCCGUCCUAUGGCGGCAACCAGAAGACAGCGGAUAGCAGCCAAAUGCAAGCCCCAAAGCGGGUUUAUCCCUUCGCACGCAGCCCCAGUCCGGAGGAUCCGCCAGAGAAACAACUGAAAGUGAAGUCCUUGCUAACUUCGUGCAACAUAAACAUUCCCUCCUCGCUAUCGAUUACCAUUACCCGCGAAGAUAGCGAAUCACAGGCAAAUAACGCCUCAUAUCCGAAGCACAAGAGCCCGGUUAACAACUACAUUGAGAUACUGAAAUUGCCCGAUCAGCCAACCGAGGUUGUGGAGCAACAAAAUAAACGGGCUUCACCGCCCGCGCAAAAACUGCCCCCAACAACGCAGUCGUCGUCGCUCAAGCUGCUUAUGCCGCCGUCGGGGAACGCUCCCACAUCGGGUUCGCCUGCAAAGCGCGACUGUGCAGAGAGUAAAUCUGCCGCUUAUGGCGCUACGAAUUUAACACAAAUGACACAGAAACCUCAAAGUAACAUGGCCGCACAGAAGACAACAUACGGCAGUGUAAUGAGUGGUGCAAACAAAACGCAAACUAUCUCCCAAAAUUCAACUUCGGCAACAAAAUCGCCGCAACCGAACGCGACUGCUUUUCACCAGAACCCAAAGCACACAAACGACGGUGGCCCGCAAAAGUCCACUAUGAAAGUGCUUGAUCCCUUGAAAUCGCCACAAGCGGAUCAUCAAAAGCCCAGUGGAGAGAAGAGGUCGCCUAUGCAAAGUCCCGAGAAGAACAUCAACACUUCCCCCAAUGGUAAGACUACACACAAGUCACCCAGCAGUUCGGGCGGUAUCGAUGCUAGCAAGAAAUUCCGCCCCAUUUUGCCGCGUCAAAAUCCCACGUCUGCAAUUUCUGAAGUCGUGCCACCAAAAGUAACCACAGCCAAUAUUAUCGGCACCUACUCGGCGCCAAGCGGUGUGGCAGUCAAGGUGCACGCAAACAAGAAAGUCACGCCGCCUAAGAAAUCACCGGGCGCACAACAACACCAGCCUCAACCACAGGCGGCGCAUCAGCAGCCCAAAAACGGCCACUCGCCUAAUGCAUUGAGCGCUGGGAAAGGCAGUGCGCCACAGUCGAACAAAUCUCCCUCACCUGCGCAUCAACAGUCCUCAAAAUUGGCACCGAACGCUAGAUCCAGUGUCACACCACCGCCCAUUUCAUCACCGAACGCCAACGUUAACGCCAAGAUGAUGCACCCUCCACACCCUGGCAUGUCCUCCGCCAGCAUGCCAUCGCUGCCGAGUCUACCCGCCAUGUCAAAUCUACCGCCAACAGCGCUCCAAGUCGCCGCUAUGGCUGCAGGAUUGCCCGGCAUGCCAUCGCACCUAGGCGCUGACUUCAGUAAGCUCUUCAAGGAUAAUCUGCUGCGCGCACAGGCGCAAGCGGCGGCGGCCGCCUCACAGCCCGGUGGAAUGUUCUACCCCUAUGCAAAUGCGCAGCAGUUAAGUCACCACUACAGCUACCAGCAAGCGUUCAUGCUGGAGCAGCUGUCGCGCAUGCAGCGCGCCGAAGCGUUAAAUGAGUUCAUGCAGAAGUUGAAGAACGGCACGGCUGACAAGCCGUUGGAGAAUGUCGGCGCUGUAGGUAGCGGCAAAGCAGCGUCUGUUGCAGGCCCGAAAGCUACGCCAGGGUCAACAGUGGGUAGCAGCAGUGCGACUGCAAAGUCAACGAAUUCCGCCAGCGUCAAUGCCCCGCCUGCCGUUGGCAAUCAUAGCGCUAGCGCUGCCAGUGGUGCAAACGCGACGAGGGCCAAAUGAAAGUGAGUGUGUAGGUGAAGUUGGCUAUGAAAAAAAUGAUUAAAGCAGCGCUUAUGGAAUUCAAUUCCCAGCGUGUAGGCAUUGGCGCUGCCACAAACGCUAUCCAAAUUUGAAAUGGAAAAUUUUUUCUCUAUGAGUAUAUAAGUAUAUAUGUAUGUAAUUUUAAAAAUUAGUAAUUU